CGCGUCACACUAGUCCACGCCACUUGCCUUUUCUCCUUCUUCCUUCCUUCUUCUUCUCCGAAACCACAACCAAUCGCAUAAAUAAAUAAUAAUAUUUCGAAUCAAUACAGCAGCCAUUUUUUGAAAUGGCUUUGGCAUUUGCGUCAGCUUCGACGUCUCUAACGGCACUGCGCUCUCCGCGAGCUGCAAAAACGACGCCGAAGAGGAGCAAGGUGCGGAAACAAGUGAGAGUGAUUGGGAAUUUUAGUCACUUUGGUGAAGUAGUUCGCAAGGACUUGCAGUUCUUGAAGAAAGGAAUCAGUAGAGGAAUUGAGUGGGCAAAUGAGGCAUUUCACAUUCCUCAAGUUUCAAAAACUCUAGACGAUGUUCUCUGGCUUCGGAAUCUCGAGGAUUCUCAAGCAGCUCCGGUGGAGCCUUGUGAUUGGCCAAAGCCUUCCUAUCCAGGACUCUCUGGUGUGGAUUUGUUCAUGGCUGAUCUUAAAGCAUUGGAAGCAUAUGCAAGUUAUUUCUACUAUCUGUCCAAGAUUUGGUCAAAACCACUUCCAGAAGUCUACAAUCCACAGGAUGUUGUUGAUUAUUUCAGUUGCAGGCCUCAUAUAGUGGCCCUUCGACUUCUUGAGGUUGGUGUUUGCUUCUUAUCUGCUGCAAUCAGAAUUCGAACCUCAGGAAUGAGAAAGUUUUUGAGAUCAAAUGCAGAGAAGGACAUUGAUGGAAAGCUUUCACAAUACAAUUUUGGGAUGGUGUUGAAAGAAACAAUGCUAAAUCUGGGUCCUACUUUUAUCAAAGUUGGUCAGUCUCUUUCUACAAGGCCAGAUAUUAUCGGCUCUGAUAUUUCCAAGGCAUUAUCUGAACUGCAUGAUCAAAUCCCUCCUUUCCCCAGAGCUAUAGCAAUGAAAAUAAUCGAGGAAGAAUUAGGUUCUCCAGUUGAAUUAUUCUUUAGCUACAUCUCUGAAGAACCAGUGGCAGCGGCUUCCUUUGGUCAGGUCUAUCGUGGAAGCACUCUUGAAGGUUUAAGUGUAGCCGUGAAAGUUCAACGUCCUAAUUUACGACAUGUUGUCGUUCGAGAUGUUUAUAUUCUUCGCCUCGGGCUUGGGUUAGUGCAAAAGAUAGCAAAGAGGAAAAGUGAUCUUCGCCUAUAUGCUGAUGAGCUUGGAAAAGGCUUAGUUGGGGAGUUGGAUUACACAUUAGAGGCUGAAAAUGCUUCUGAGUUUCAGGUAGCUCAUUCCUCUUUUCCGUUUAUUCGUGUACCAAAAGUUUUUCCACAUUUGACUAGAAAGAGGGUUUUAACAAUGGAGUGGAUGGUUGGUGAGAGUCCAACUGAUUUACUCUCUAUAUCUACUGGUGAUAGUUCAACAUAUUCUGAGAGGCAGAAAUUGGAGGCAAAAAGGCGUCUUCUUGAUCUGGUUAACAAAGGAGUGGAGGCAUCUCUUGUUCAACUCCUUGAAACUGGCUUAUUGCAUGCUGAUCCACAUCCUGGAAACUUGCGUUACAUUUCAUCUGGACAAAUGGGAUUUUUGGAUUUUGGUUUGCUUUGUCGGAUGGAAAAGAAGCAUCAGUUUGCCAUGCUUGCUUCCAUAGUACAUAUAGUAAAUGGAGAUUGGCAAUCCCUGGUUCUUGCUCUGACUGAAAUGGAUGUUGUAAGGCCAGGGUCUAAUAUAAGACGCAUUACCAUGGACCUGGAAGAUUCUUUGGAAGAGGUAGAAUUUAAUGAUGGAAUUCCUGAUGUCAAGUUCAGUAGGGUUCUGAGUAAAAUAUGGUCUGUAGCCCUCAAGUAUCAGUUCCGCAUGCCUCCAUACUAUACGCUUGUCCUGCGCUCACUUGCUUCCUUGGAAGGUUUGGCAGUAGCCGCAGAUCCAAAUUUCAAGACAUUUGAAGCUGCCUACCCUUUUGUUAUUCAGAAAUUACUCACUGAAAAUUCUGCUGAUACAAGAAAAAUCUUACAUUCGGUGGUUUUUAACAAAAGGAAGGAAUUCCAGUGGCAGAGGCUUGCCCUUUUCUUGAGAGUAGGUGCAACAAGGAAAGCCUUGCAACAGGUAGUAGCAUCAAAUGAUGAAACUUCUCUUGAUUAUUUACCAAAUAGAGCUGGUGUUUCUGAUGUUGCGAAUUUGGUCCUGAAGCUUUUACCAUCUAAAGAUGGCGUUGUGCUAAGAAGACUCAUAAUGACUGCAGAUGGAGCUUCAUUGAUUCGAGCAAUGGUUUCCAAAGAAGCAAGUUUCUUUCGCCAGCAAAUUGGCAGGGUUAUUGCCAACAUACUGUACCAAUGGAUGAUUGAGUCUCUUGGAUCAAGGGUUUCUGUAACUCAGAAUAAUUCCCAACUGACAUUGGCACAUGGGGCUGAUAAUGGAGAUUUAGGGUCAUCUUCCAGAUUAUCAACACCUAACUAUGACUAUCAAUCCUUUUUGAGAGAUAAACGGCUCAAAGUUAUUUUUCUAAAGGUACUUGACCCUGUGAGGAGAGAUCCAGUAUUGAUGCUGAGGCUUUGCUGGAGUUCCUUUGUUAUGUUUGUCACGGCUUCAGCUCUGGCUUUUCACCGGCUUUUAGUUUCUCUAUCCAAAGCCUAUCUAGGCUCAAUUUCAUUAUCUCCCAAGCGAUUUGCAAUCAGUGCUUCAAAUUCUUAGUUCCCUACAGGUAGAACAGAUACAAGCAUUUCUGAUGAAGUCUUAAGUUGAAGUAAAAGAUUAUUAAAGAAAUUUCUGAAAGAAAUACGGCCUUAAUUGAGUUUCAUGUUACCGGAGAUAAGGUAGUACCCGUGUUGGUAAAAAUGCUAACCCGUGGAUUCAAGUUAAGAUCCUAAGCUUGUCAACGGUUCUAGAUAUCUACAGAGGUAAGCAACAUGAACAUCGACGUGCACAAAGUUGCAAGGCGUGGAAGGAUGGAUCAAGAAUUUAGGUAGAAGGCUGUGGAGAGGUACAUGCAUGAAUGUUCUGUAUAUACAGAGUCACAUAUAUUAUGUAUAGCCUGAUGCAUGCUUGGAAGAAGUCAUGCUUUUGAUUUAUUCCCGUUCUAUAUAUCAUAUUGACAUAUUACGAUGAUAGUAAAUUAUCAAAGGUUUCUUUGUCAAUGCCAAGUAAGCAUCAUUUUGUUAGA